AUGCGCACAGGAGGACUUUUUCGCAGGAAUACUGUUGUUACCCCUAAACGCGAUGAAGAUUUUGGGGAUUACGCGACUGUUAUUAGCUCGGAGGAUGAUCCAAAAAGACUUAAGGAAUAUAUCACCAGGCUUUACAAAUCUCUAAAGGAAAAGGGUAAAAGUCUUAAGUCUGCUUAUGCAAAACUCGAUUCGUUGAAUAAUGAAAUCAGUCAAGAGAAGACGAGGUUAGUUGACAUAGAAGAUGAAAACAAGUCACUUCGAGAUCAAAUGCAAGGAAUGGCUGAUCAAUUAGCGUCCAAAGAGGAAGAGUUUAAACAGUGGCAAGCAAAAUUGGUUGAACAGACACAAAGAGAACGCGAUGUGCUAAUUGAAGAAAUGGAUGAAGAGCGUGCGCAGUUUAAAGAACGAAUCAAUCAACUUGAAGAUGCUUUAAAUCUCGCUAACGUAGAAAUUACAAGAUUAACUAUCGAGAUGACUGAUCUAACUAAUUCUCAAAAAAUGAGACGAUUGUCAACAACUAGUACGACAGAUAAGAAUAGGUCUUCCUUGGAUAUACUAUUUAAUGGCAAUAAUAAUAAAGAGGAUGAUCGAUACGAACUUACUAAACAAAUCCUAGAGAUCACACAACGAAGGAUAAGUUUGCAGACUGAACUCACAAUAUUAGAGGACAAAUAUGAUGAUUUAAAGGAGAACCAACUACUUCGGCAAGAAAAUGACUCCUUCAGGCAACAAUUCGGAAAGAAAAUGUUUAUGAGAUCUCUAGAAGAUGUCAAUCUAAACGAAUGA